GACUAUUGGAACUGGUCACUUCUUAUCUGGGCCCCAUUCAAUACAAUUGUCAGUGAAGUAAGACAUGGGUUUGCUGAGCUCAUUGCGAAGAACAACUACUUAUUUCAUAAUUUUCUUGGGAGCCGUAUUGCUUCUCCCAGGAUUACCUCCUAGCACCACUUUCCCCUUCAAAGAAUAUGUUGUAAAGCCUCCCAGAGAAUUGAAGGGAACGUUACAGCCGAAUUUUCUUCUGGAUGGUGCCAGGCAUUUGUGGAUGGAUCAAGUUUUCGGUCCUGAGACUCUGAUAUUAAGAGAUGAAGAUGAAGGAAUCUAUGCGGGUAUUCAUGGCGGAGAGGUUGUCCUGAUAAAUAAUAAUUCUGUUAGGCCAAUCACAAAGAUAGGACAACAUUGUGACUACAUUUUUGAUGAUGCGCUAUGUGGCUACCCUGUGGGAUUGGCCUUCGACACCCAGGGAAAUAAUCUGAUUAUAGCCGAUGCACAUUACGGAAUUUGGCAAGUCAAUUUAGAGACAAAAGAGAAGACCAUGCUAGUCUCUCCAAAAGAGAUCCUCCCUGGCCAGAGUGUGGAUCGUCCGGGUAAGCUGUUUAAUUCUGUGGCAGUAAGCAAGGAAGGUGACAUUUACUGGACCGACUCUGUCUCCGAAGACUUGGCCUUCAUUGCUUUUGCUAAUCCUUCAGGACGACUUUUCAGAUAUAAUCGUGGAACGAAAAGGAACGAGCUUCUCCUUGAUGAGUUGGCCAUGGCCAACGGAGUGGCUCUAAGUCCCAAUGAGGAUUUUGUCAUCGUGGCCGAAACGGCUGCUAUGCGAAUAACCAAAUAUUUUCUCAAGGGAUCCCGAAAGGGUCAGAGUAAAGUAUUUGUGGACAGUCUUCCCGGUUUGCCAGAUAACUUGACCCCCGAUUCUGAGGGAAUUUGGGUGCCUUUUGCCUUAGCUGCCGAUAGUGAGAAUCCCAAUCCGUUUUCCGGAUUGGCGCGUUAUCCGAUGUUAAGAUUUUUCCUCGCCCGUCUGCUGGCCUUAAUGCUGCUUCCCUUUCGAUUCUUGAACAAUAUAUAUCCCGGCAAUAUUUCUGCUCAUCUGAUGCACUCGUUUACUGAGUGGGUCAGCAACAACUCGCCGAAUCGCACCACUGUACUGCGCUUGGAUUGGAAUGGAAAAAUCGUGAGAUCCUUGCAUGGUUUCGAUAGAUCUGCUACUGGUAUAUCGCAUGUCCUGGAAUUUAAAGGCUACUUGUAUUUCGGAUCACCUACCAAUCCAUAUAUCAUAAAAGUUAAAUUAAAAUAAAAAAUAAAAUAAAAUAAAAUAAAAAAAUAAUUCUAAAUCAAAUAAUAUGUAGGGUAUAGUGUUAUAAAAAAACAAAAUAUAAAUAAUUUGAUAUUUGUCUGAACAUCUAAGACGCGAAUUAUUUGGACAGAACUCCUAAACAAAAAUAAGUAUAGA